AUGAAGCCGAUUAAAAAGCAAGGAAGGCGCUCGCCCCCGUCGACCCGAGCCAAAGGGGGGAAGAGACGGGGGACAGGGGACAGUGGAGAGAAAAGAGACUCGGACGAGAACAGAGACCGAUCCCCCAAAAGUCAGACCUCACCCCAAACCUCAUCUCACUCAGAGUCUUCUCAGGAGGAGUCGGUGACACUCACAACGAUGGCCACGCCAGAGAGGGAGGGCCACAGAGAGGGGCCCCGGGUCCCAGAGACAGUGGCCGCAGCAGCAGGGUCCCUCCCUGGGAAGUCGGAGGACUCCCUCCCGGGGAGCGUCAAAUCGCUGAGCGCCCACAGCACAGACAGCAGCAGCAGCGCCACCAGCGCUGCCAACAGCCCCAACCCCUCGUCCAACCGCAAGACGGCCACCUUCAAGGCCCGCGUCCCCAAGAAGAAGUACACCUCUGAGCACUGUGCUGCCGCCGCCGCUGCCGCCGCCAACCACGGAGGCCCCGGCAACACCGGCGCGCCUCCACUGAACAGAAAUAGUGCUCACAGUGACAGUAACGCCGGAAGUCAGUUGUCGAGCUUAUCUUCGGGGCCCGGGUCGGCGGCGAGGGAGGGCGGUUCGCUCACUGACAUCAACAGUCAGACCAGGAGACCAGUGGAGGACUAUAUUACCACUAUAGCUCCACCACAGGACAGGGACAACACACCUGGACCCCCUCCCACAGGGGACAGAGACAGGAGAGGCCCAGAGGGAGGCAGAGAAAUCUCCCCCAGCCCUGUCCGCUGCUCCUCUACAGACACAGCCAGCGAACACGACCUGGACGUGAGCGAGCCACACCGCUCCAACUCUCACCACGCCAACCCCACCCCCGAAGCACACACCCUGGCCCUGGUGCAACGUAGCACCCCGCAAACUCCGACCCCACAGAGCCUGUCGGACGCGCUAGCCGACGCCCUGGCCAAAGGUCUAAAGAACCAGCGGGUGCUAGCCAGGCAGGCUCGGAGGAGGACUGGAAAGGGGGAAGAGGAGAACGGAGGAGGGGGGAGGGAGAGCAUGGACUCAGUGUUCAGAGCGGGCGUGGUGCGGCGAGUGAGCGGCGAGCACGGCAGCCUGGAGGUGCAGCUGAACGGCGAGAAGGAGCUUUACCGCUACCCGUUCCGUGAGGGCGCCCAGGGACCCGUGGACAUUAUCAUGGACGCCCCGCCGCCCGGCUCCCAAGCCGUCCCCAUCGGCACCCCUGUGUGCGUGCCCUUCGGAGGCAACGAGGACGGCGGCACCACAGAGGCCCAGCGCCAGUGGUACCGAGAGGGCCUGGUCACCCAGGUGGACUCCCACCCGGCUGUGUCCUACCCCUAUAGAGUGUUGCUAGAGGAUAGAGUGCCCCCAGGGGAUGAGGAAGGGGAUGGCAGGGUGGGCACUCCGACCGCUGUGUGGGUGUCCCGUCAGAGCCUCCGCCUGCUGGUGCCCCCCUGGGACCUGGACCUGGGACCCUGCGGAGGGGGGCGAGAGGAAAGCGAUCCCGCCGCCAAGAGAGGGCGAGAGAGGGAGAGAGAGAAAGAGGACAGGGAUGAGAUAGAGGUGGAGCAGGAGCUGUGUCGCCUCAGCCGUGGGAUGGGGCUCAGCGCGACUGUGGCUGGGUCCGUGUUGGGGAGGCUUUCAUACCCUGGAACGGCCCCCGCCUCCUCGUCUUCCUCCACUGUCAGCUCCCCCGUCACCCCCGCCUCGGUGCUGAAACCGAGAGAGGGCCAAGCAGCACCACCACUUCAUGCCCCUGACCCCCGAGGAGGACAUAGAGGUGUCCCACUUCAGCAUGGUGCCCAUGGGGGCGGCGGGGGGGGCGGUCAACACAGGCCCACUGGCGGUGUCCCAACACAGGCACAUACUCUCCAAGCCGCCCCCGGGCUACCUCAGCCCCCACCUGUCUGUGGUCCGGAGCCUCGGAGGCACCCCGCUGGUGGGCCCCCACCUGGCCCUCAACCCCCACCCCCUCCCUCCCCCACGGUGCUACUGGGGCUUGAGUCGGGAGCGCUGGCAGCGGGGGCGGCCGUCAUCGCCACCCCUCAGCUCCCUCCUCUGUCCUCCUCAUCAUCCCGCGGCUCCCUGGAUAAGCCGCCCUCUUCAAACUCCAACUCCCACGGCGCAUCUGGAGGGGGUGGAGGCUCGUGCUCGGGUUCGACUUCCUCGUCGCGCUCCCGCACCCCGCUCACCGCGGCCCAGCAGAAGUACAAGAAGGGCGACGUGGUGUGUACCCCCACGGGCAUCCGCAAGAAGUUCAACGGCAAGCAGUGGAGGAGGCUGUGCUCCAGAGAGGGCUGCUCUAAGGAGUCCCAGAGAAGAGGCUACUGCUCGCGUCAUCUCUCCAUGAGAACUAAAGAGAUGGAGGCCAGCGGAGGGGGCAGAGACCGUGGCGGGGCCAGCAGUACGGGCACCCUAACCCCGUCAGACCUGAGGCUGGGCGGCGGCCGGACCAGUUCAGAGUUCGACUGGGACAACACGUCGCGAGACAGCAGCGAAGCGAGCAGUAGGGGAGGGGAUUCACGACCCCGCCUGGUCCUGCCCUCACUCCUGCCCCAGGACUUAUCACGCUUCGACUUUGAUGAGUGCGAGGCGGCCACAAUGCUGGUAUCUCUGGGCAGCUCCCGCUCGGGCACGCCUUCCUUCUCUCCCAUCUCCAACCAGUCGCCCUUCUCGCCCACACCGUCGCCCUCGCCUUCCCCGCUUUUCGUCUUCCGCCCGGCCACCUUCAGCCCCAUCACGGCGCCGCCUUCGCUCACCCCUCGCCGCCACCGCCACCUGAGCGGCACUAAGGUGGGUACGCCGGGCUUGGAGCGCGAGCGCCACCUGUCGGGCAUCGUACCCACCUUCCAGACCAACCUCACCUUCACUGUGCCCAUGAGCCCCAGCAAGCGGAAACUUGAUGCCCUUCCUCCGCCCCUGCCCCUCUCUGCCCAGGAUUACUCCAAGCCCGACCAGCAGUUAGGGGAGAAUAUAGGCCUAAGCCCAGCCGCCUUCAGGGUGCUCUCUCCUCAGAGCCAGCCCACCACCCCCUCCUCCCUCUCCUUCCCCCGGCCCCGGAGCGCCACCAGCCGCCCCCCGUCCUCCGCCGCCUCCACCCCCCCGCCAAUGCUGGUGUCUCCCACCCCUCCCUCCCCACUUCCCCAGGACCCCAGUCCCCGCCGCGUCGUGCCCCUGCGAGACUCCCCCGUCAUCGUGCGGAACCCCGACGUCCCCCUGGCCAAGUUCACAGAUGGACCCCUGGUGAGGAGGGGAGGAGGAGGCCGCUCCUCCAGAGAGCACAGCCAGCCCCUGCACCUUGCCACCGGCCUCCAAGCACCCGUGCCCAUCAACGGCGCCGCCACCAAUGGCGCAGUCCUCCUGCGAAACCCCGCCUCCACCCUUGUCCUUGUAACCUCCUCCCAGUCCCUGACCCCAGCCGUCGCCGGACACCCUGCCCACUCCAGCCCCACCCUCAGUGGUGGCUCCGCCUCCAUCUCCUCGACUGGCUCCGCCCUGUCCAGCUCUGGAUCAGGAGGUAGGGAGUGGGAGAGGAAGCCCGGCGGGCACCAGGACGCCAUUGGAGGGGCAUUGCCCCAGCCGGUAGCCUGCCACCCCUCUCCAACCGCACUGCUGCCCCUCAUCCUACCAGCCGAGUCCCCUCACCCUGCACCCCGCAAGGACAUCAUCAUUGGACGACCCGGGACAGUAUGGACCAAUGUGGAGCCUCGUUCAGUGCCAGUGUUUCCUUGGCAUUCAUUGGUCCCUUUCCUGGAGCCCAGCCAAUCGAGUGCGGCUGCCCAGCCCACUGAUGGCCAACAGCUUGUCAAUCAGAGCAAAGAGCCCCGUUGUGGGGUGGCCGUAGUGAGUGACGGAUGGGUGGGUCCACCAGACGCAGAGCAAGGGUCUCCAUCCCGCCCACCACCCUCCUCCAAUGACAACGACCCCCCAGCUGGAAGAGCAGAAAGAGGUGGAGCCGACAGCGAGACGGAGAGCGAUGCAGACGACCCGUUUUUUCCGGGUGUAGCCAAUGAUCCUGCCCCGUCUACGGGCCCUAUCAAGAGGCGCACUCAGUCCCUCAGCGCCCUUCCCAAAGAUGGAGACAGAAAGAGGGAAAAGGACCACAUUCGGCGGCCAAUGAACGCGUUCAUGAUUUUCAGCAAGCGUCACCGGGCACUGGUUCAUCAGAGGCACCCCAACCAGGACAACCGCACGGUCAGCAAGAUCCUGGGCGAGUGGUGGUACGCCCUGGGGCCCAAAGAGAAGCAGAAGUACCACGACCUCGCCUUCCAGGUGAAAGAGGCUCACUUCAAGGCCCACCCAGACUGGAAGUGGUGCAACAAGGACAGGAGGAAGUCCAUCUCUGAGGGCCGAGAGACCCCAGGGGCCAAAGAGGCACGCGAGAGGAGCAUGUCGGAGAGCACAGAGCCUGAGUCAGUCUCUCAGGGAAUGGAGGCGAAGGGUGCGGCAGGCCCGGACUGGCCUGGGGGCUCUGAGCGUCAUGCGGGGGCCUACAGUGGUCAGCUCCCUCGCCCCCGGGCCUUCUCCCAGAGUGCAGUACACAGCCUGGAGAGGAGGGAGCGGGCCAGAGAUGUGGAGAAGUUGUGUCGAGAUGGGGCAGGCUCAUUCCGCAGCCGCCCCCCUACUCUCUCCCUGACACAGUGUGGGGCCAGUGAGGACGUGACCAGCGACGAGGAGCGCAUGGUCAUCUGUGAGGAAGAGGGGGACGAUGAUGUCAUGGAGGACUCGUGCCCUGAGGGAUCCAUAGACCUCAAGUGUAAAGAGAGAGUGACUGACAGUGAUGAGGAUGAGCCGGAUGGACAGCGAGUCUUCCAGCCAGUGGUCCGCUCCUCUCUCCCCUAUGCCACCAGCACCUCCCACGCCGACUCUCACUCCGACUCUACCAAGGGGAACACAGGGGGGAGCACUGGAGAGAGCUCUGAGAGGAAGAGAAAACGAGGGAUGGAGGGAGGAGAAGAGGGAAGUGGAGAAUCGAAAAGAGGAGGUGGAGGGGGGCAGGUUCCCUCUAAUUCCAUCCCUGGAUCGGCGCCCUUCAACUCGACCCCCGCUCUGGGUUAUGGACUCACCCAGGUGCUCAGUGCAGUCCGGAUGGCCCCCACCAUGGUGACCAAUGUGGUAUGCCCCAUCGCCAGCACGCCCAUCCCUAUCACCAGCAAGCCAAUGGAAGGCCCCAUCGCCCUCAGUGCCCUCCCUGGGGAGAAGAAAGCCACACUUCUGAUUGGUGGACCGGGAGCAGUAGGUGGGCCUAUCACAGCAGGGGGUGGGUACUUGUCCUCGUCCUCUCCCAAUCCCGUGAGUGUGGGGCCGGGGGGGCUGCAGGUCACCAGUCUAGUGCUGGGAGGAGCUUUCCCCAACCAGUCUAUACAGCUCAUAGCCCCGCCUCAGCAUCUCUUAAGCCCCACCCACAGCACCCUGCCACUUCCCCUCCCCCUGCUGCAGCCCCAGUUCCUUCCUGCCGCCUCUCUCACCUCCGCUGGCGGUGCCAAGCCUGGCCUCACCCAGGUGCAGUACAUCCUGCCCAUCCUGUCUUCUGUCAGUGCCAACCCCAAGAGCCCCUCCCCCCAGCUAACCCAGCAGCCAACCGGCGUCCUCACGCUGCCCUCCACUCUGCCCACCCAUGUCUUCCAGGCCAAUGGAAUACAUUCGGGGGCAGGAGCGGGAAUAAGAUAUGCCGCAGUGGGAGGGGUCAGUCCUGGAGCAAGAGCCCAAGCCCAGUCUCCAGUCUUGCAGAGCAAGAUGUUGGUUCCCAUGGCAACAGUGAGAACAGGCUCUACUCCUCCUCAGCCCAUCUCCCACGUGGCCCCUCCCCUUCCUGUGCAAAAUGGUGCUCUACCAGGAAACAAGAUCAUACACAUCGCCCCCAUGCCAAUGGUCCAGACAAAUGUCCACCCUGCUGGAGCAGUGCAUCCUGGGAGUCCCUUCCCUGUAUCCAUGGCAACAGCCACUGUGAUGACUCCGGGCAUCAAACCCCCUCAGACUGUGUUGCUGACCUCGCCUCCAACAAGGAUCACUUAUGUCCAAUCCAGCACUGGAGUGGUCUCCACGGCAACGGUCCAGGCCCCUCUCUCUCCAGGACCCGCCUACCUGCCGUCGUCCCUGACGUCUCUGGGCUUCACCGCCAUUGCUCCGGCCGGCCAGGCCCUGAUGCAGCCUCUCGUAGCGGGCCAACCGCCCUUGCUAGCCCCAGCCCUUUCCCCUGGAGCCCCGGGGACAGGACGUCAACUCCUCACCCCCAUCUACCCGGCCCCAAGCAUCACCCUAGCGUCAGGUGUGGUCGCCAUGACCUCCGUGCCCCCCAAUUUGGCUCAAGAAGUGUCUGGCCAAUCAUCAGCCUCGGCUGUCGGUGUGCAGGGUUCAAAGGACGUUACCCGGUCACAUGAAGAGGGAAUGCCACACCUGACUGCAGAGUUGGAGCAAAAGUCACAGGUGGAGGGCCAGGCCCAACGGAAGAACAAGGCUCAGAUAAAGAAAGAGAAUACGACGGAGGAUGUCGAGGCAUAUAGCAAACCUGGUGCUAACUCAAUGGCUAUGUCCAGCAGCAAUAUACCAACAGGGAGUGAAGAAGACGGUAGUCGAGCCAGCCACAUGAAAGAAGAGAAUACGGACGAUGACCGAGAUUAUGCCAGAGGGAAUGGAGAGAGGGAGAGGGAGAUAAAGAAGGAGAGUGGGACGCCUGAACCAGAGGAGUCCAGGGAGGCAGAGGAUUGGCCCCACGAGGGCCACAACAAAGGGGACAGUGGCAACGGGGGCCACAGCAAAGAGGCUGGACUGAGGGAACCUCUCCACCCUCCCACAGGACUGGACCCUCCUCCGCCUCCCCCACAGACUGACAGGGACGCGCCCCCCUCAGCCAAGAAGACCAAAUUCCGCCCCCCGCCGCUCAAAAAGCCCUCAGACGCCAUUGAAAAGGUCCUGUCGGGGUCCUAUUUCGAGGAGCGCUUUGCCGAGCUGCCAGAGUUCAGGCCAGAAGAAGUGCUGCCCUCUCCCACCCUCCAGAGUCUGGCCACCUCCCCCCGAGCCAUACUGGGCAGCUACCGAAAGAAGAGGAGGAACUCCACAGACCUGGACUCGUCUGCAGAGGACCCCAGCUCUCCCAGGAGGAAGGCUGCCGCUCGGAGCCGUCUCUCCAGCUGCAGCUCGGAGCCCAACACACCAAAGAGCGAGGUCAAGUGUGAGGGGGACAUCUUCACCUUCGACAGAGCUGGUGCUGAGUCUGAGGAUGUCCUGGGGGAGAUGGACAAAGUGCCGUACUCCUCUCUCCGGAGGACUCUGGACCAGCGCAGGGCUCUCGUUAUGCAGCUCUUCCAGGAACACGGCUUCUUCCCUUCAGCUCAGGCCACUGCAGCCUUCCAGGCACGAUACUCAGACACCUUCCCCACCAAACUGUGUCUGCAGCUGAAGAUCAGGGAGGUGAGGCAGAAGAUCAUGCAGACAGCCACACCUGGAACCCCCGGAAUCUCUGAGCCCGGCGGGUCAACAACAGGGGUCAUGGGUUCAACGGACUCCGCCUCGGCCGCCAUCGGCUCCUCCAAUACCAACACUCGAGAUGGUACAGGGACGGGGCCAGGAGAAAGAGGGCGGAGUCCCGAGGAGCCCAGGAACGUGGGCAAAUUGUAGGAAUGGAAAGAAGGAGAGAUGGAAAGAAGGAGAAAAGCAAGAGAAUAGAGAAGGUGGAGAGAAAGUGUCAAAAGAGAGAGAGGAGUGUUGUUGUGUCCCACAGCAUGUCCUUGUACAUGUAGUAACAGGACAUCAGUUUCACUUCGGCACAGUUCUGUACUGGCUGUACCCUCAGCACAUUUGUAGUUUGACAGAA